CAGUGUCUCAGCACAAUUCCUUUGACUUGAAGUUAAGGACAGAAUUGGCCAAUAGGCUUCAAGAUUUGAUGAAGGUGCUGUAGCCAUCCACAGCUCUCUCAUCCCCAAGGAGCAGCCGGUGUGCUCUGGAGCUGAGGUCCCCAUCAGACCUAUCUGCAUUUGAAAAGAAAGCACAAAGUGUUUCCCCCUACUGGUUCAUUUCACUGUGCCUCUUCCCCAUUCUGCUUCCUUCUUACACCAAGUGAAGAUGAGUAGCCUGCUGCUAAUAUGACGUCUCUGACUAGUGUCAUUGCCUCCCACCAGUCUGAGUGGGUGUCCUUCACUGAUGAACUGCUCCUCCCUGUUAAACCACAAGGUAGCACUGAGGAACCUCUGGAAAAAUGUUUUUCUUCCUCAGAUACUUCCUCAGAAGAGAACCACAAUGUGGAUGGAGAAUUUCAGGAUCUUUUGCACACAGAGCCAGACAAUUCAGGUGACAAGCCAAAGGAAGAUUCUACAGUUCUUGAGAACCAUGUGUAUCCCAAAGCUGAUCUAUUGUCAUCUAUCAAAGCUUGGGUUCAGUUUGAGGAUGCACCAUGGGCCAGUGCUCCACCAACUCAGUCACAGGCAGUGUCUCCACCAAAGGCACCCAGCUGGACUUCCCCCUCCUCCAGCUCUUUGGAGAGGCGAGCCCAUGCAUCAGAAAGCAGCUGGACAACCAACUCAGAGGAUGCCAGCAGCCCCAGCAUUGCUCCCUCCUACACAGAUCUGCAAUCAAUUAAUACUGAGGACCUGACAAGUGGUGGAACAUCUGCAGCAGAUUCAGCUGACAGUUCCUCGUCUUUCCAAGAAGAUGAAGAGGUAGAUAUGGAGGCUGUCAACUGGCAGCUGAACAACACCUCCAUGAAUGGGCAUUCUGCUGCCCCAACCACAGUUCGCUUUCCCAGCUGGGUGACUUUUGAUGACAAUGAAAUCAGUUGUUCACCACAGAACCUUUCUCCUUUGAAAACAGACACCUCACCUCCAGAAACACAGGCUCCAGAUGUUAACUCUAACCUCACUGCAUCAUUUAAGAAAAGAGAACGCCCCAAAAGCACAUUGGGUGACCUCUCCAAAAUUCAAAAACUGGAUCUAUCCUCUUUAACCAAGUUGCCUUCUCUUGAAACACCACCAUGGAGUGCUACUAAUCCUUUUUUGGAUGAGUCUCUUCGAGAUGUCCAACCCUCACCUAUUAAUCCAUUCAGUUCAUUCUUUGAGGAGCGAGACAGGCGUUCCAAAAGCUCUUCUGUUUCCACUGCUCCAAGCAAAAGCCAAAGAGAUUCCCUCAUUAUUCUCCAUCAUGAAUCCGAUACCAUCAGUUUCCCGGCAGCACACAAAAGUGUAACUCAUGCAGAUGCUGUGGAACAGUUGAAGCAACUCCAGAUUGGAGACCCAGAUUAUGUGAGCAGCCCUACCUUGCCUGAUGAUGACCCAACAAUGCCAUAUGAUCCAGAUGCCACUUUAUUUAACCUGGCACCAUCUCAGCCAAAGGAUGGAUGGCCAAUGAUGCUCAGAAUCCCAGAGAAGAAGAAUAUUAUGUCAUCCAGGCACUGGGGACCAAUAUACGUGAAGCUGACUGAUAGUGGAUACAUUCAGCUUUUCUACGAGAAAGGACUGGAGAAACCUUUCCGUGAAUUCAAACUUGAAAUCAAUCAUGAGAUUUCAGAGCGCAAACUCCAGAACUACGAUGAGAAUGGAAGGAUACACAGUGUGCGGUUGGAUCGCACAACCUACAAGGAGAAGAAGAAGUAUCAGCCGAAACCAGCCAUUGCUCACACAGCAGAGAGAGAGCAAAUCAUCAAACUUGGGACUACAGAUUAUCAGGACUUCCUAAGCUUCAUCAGUGCUGUGCAAGACACACUGAUGAACUUGCCAACCUCAUCAACAGAUCUGAGCACAGUGGGACUAAACUAUCAAGAAGAAGAAAUCACUGUUGAUGUCAGGGAUGAGUUUCAUGGCAUUUUAGCCAAAGGAGACAGUGUGAUUCUCCAGCACAGUGUGCUGACCCAUAUAUAUGUUCUCAGCUUCCUUUCAGGCCUGGCAGAAUGCAGACUGGGCCUUAACGAUAUCCUAAUCAAAGGGAAUGAAAUAGUUGCAAGGCAAGACAUUAUGCCCACUACUACCACAAAGUGGAUUAAAUUAUACAGCUGUCGGUUCCAUUCAUGUGUGGAUGAGGACAUGUUUAAUAACUCUCGUAUUAUCCUGUUUAACCCCUUGGAUGCUUGCCGAUUUGAACUGAUGAGAUUCAGAACUGUUUUUGCUGAGAAAACUUUGCCUUUCACACUGAGGACUGCAGCCAGCAUCAAUGGUGCUGAAGUGGAGGUGCAGAGCUGGCUGAUGAUGUCCACUGCUUUCUCUUCUAAUCGUGACCCUUUAACUCAGGUCCCUUGUGAAAAUGUUAUGAUCCGCUACCCAGUGCCAAAUGAGUGGGUCAAGAACUUCCGCCGGGAAAGUGUCCUGGGGGAGAAAUCUUUGAAAGCCAAGGUGAACAAGGGGGCUACUUUUGGAUCAACUAGUCUGUCUGGUUCUGAGCCAGUCAUGAGAGUUACUUUGGGAACUGCCAAAUAUGAGCAUGCCUUUAAUUCCAUUGUAUGGAGAAUAAACCGACUGCCUGACAAAAACUCAGCUUCUGGCCAUCCACACUGCUUCUUCUGUCACCUAGAGCUUGGCUCUGACCGGGAAGUGCCUUCCAGUUUUGUUCGCCACGUAGAUGUGGAAUUUGACAUGCCCACUACUUCUGCAUCCAAAGCCACUGUUCGGUCCAUCUCUGUUGAGGACAAGACUGGUGUGAGAAAGUGGGUCAACUAUUCAGCACACUACAGUUACAAGGUAGAAAUAGAGCAGAAAAAAAGCUUGAGUGAGGAUCUGAAGGGAGAAGAUACUGCAAAUCUCAGUGAAUGUUCCAUACAGUGAAGGAAUAUCAGUGCUCAGGUCCCAAGAGGUGUGGUCAAACUAACAGACUUGGAAGAAAGGACUUAAAUAUUUUGGUAUUUGUCUUUUGAAAGUAUGGAGUAUUACUUUUAAAAUAAUGCUUUGAAGAGUUUUAUUUUUCCUGUAAUUAUCUGUGUCUUGAGAAGAAGGUCACCAGUAAUUUGUUUGGAGUGGACCCAUUGGCUGGAACAAUUAAAGUACUUAUCACCAAUGCAUUUGGUGUAUUGACAGAAUGAGUUGCUUUAUAGUCAAGCCUGCCUUUUGUGCUUCUUCACCAUCUGGGUUCUGCACUGAACAUGCCACCAUCACAGCCAAAUCUGAAAGCACUCUUCAUCUCACAAUCUUGCCCUCCUGCAAUCGCGUUUUUCCUGUAUGUUGCUUGGUUUGGUCAUCAGCAGAUUCACUUCCUUCUGAACUACCAAAUAAAACUGAGGGAGCAUCAAGUGAAACCGUGAAAUGAAACAAGUUUCAUUUCUGAAGUCAUCAACAAAUUGAAAACCCUGAGAAUCAUGGAGAAUCAACAAACUCUACAUGUUAAACAUAGUAAACAUCAAGCAAACAAACUAUUGGCAACAUAGCUAAACAUGUAACCAUUUUUCUGUUUAUCCUUUCCUGCCUUGUUCUCUGAACUGUGCUGUCACUGUUCACAUUUUCAUGGGUUAUAGACAGUAUGUAAGAAACUUCCUGCAGUUUCUUAGAAUUUUCAUGUGCUAGUCAGGGCUGUCCUGUUAUUUUGACUGAACGGGGUUACAGCUGCUAGUAACAGGGAGUGUGUUAUAGUAGAGAUUAUACUGAAGGGAGUUUUCUAAAAUUAGAUCAUUCCUAAAUAGAAAGAUAAUUAAGGGAAAUACAUUGGGUUAUUUUUUUAUUUUAUGUUAUGAUUUCUUGAAAGGAUAAGGCAGAUGGUUAUAAAAAAUGUGAGAACAGUAUUAAGAGAGUUUUUUGCCUUCCCCAAACUCCUUGGAAGACUAUCCUUGUUUGCCGCACAAUAUUGCUUUCAUUUUCUAUCUUUAACCUACAGCAUAAGUAAUUUUUCUGCAGCUAUCUUUGUAAAAUCCCAGCUAACUGAGACCCAAAAUCUUUUCUCAAAAAUUAGAAACAGGCUUCCAUCAUGGAGGCUUCUUGACCUCCAGUUUACUGAAAGUAGAAGCAAGUUUCAAACCUCCUUUCUGGAAAGAAAGAAAGAAAUGCAGAAGGCAACAAUCACUCCUUCAUGUAUUUUUUCAGAAAAGAAAACAGUGUUCAGAACAAAUUACUUUUUAUAUCUGUUUCCAUGGCUUCCAUAAUAUUUUGUCUCAAGGUAAUUUUUAAUGUUAAAAAAAAAAAAAAAAAAAAAGUAAUUUAUUAAAUAAUUUAUCUUUUGAAAGAUUACUACUGACUUUAAAAUCACAGAUUUGGAAAGCCUUGGCAGUGUAUUUGAAUGAAUUAAAAUGAAAGCUUCUUUAUAAUUUUGUAGGUUUAUUUUAUUUUACAUUUCAUAUAACAGAAAAUUAAUAUUCACUCAUGGUUUACUACUUCCAGUAUGACUCCAAUAAAAAUCACUGCUGUUAAGGUUCCGAAUAAAGCAUGCAAUUAAUUAUACUGACCCCAUAACUGGCAGUGGUAGAAUAUAAAACAAACUGUAGGGAACUUCUAAAUGCUUUUUUGUGCCUUUUUUUUUUUUUUUUUUUUUAUAAUGCGUAGUGAUAAAUAUUUACACAGCCAUGUUGCCACACAACCUCUGGCAAAUGUACACUGCUGUAAAUAUAUCAAAUCUCACUCCUCUUAGGACUUCUUAAUAAUAAGUGUGUAAUCUUACUGAAGCCCAAAGAGCUUCUCUGAGCAUACCAGUUAAUACUAAAUUUUCAAUCAUCUCUCUAUAAAGGGAAGAAUGGUAUUAAAUUUCACAAAGCAUUUGGAGAUCCAUGGAUGAAAAUUACUGAUAAAGUGUCAAUAAUUAUUUAUUAAAUAACAAUGUAUAUAGGUUGUAAAAUAUCUGGCAGCAUGGAGCUGAAUUCAUGACUGAUUCUCAGCUCUGUUACUGCUUUAUGUUUCAAAGUCCUUUGAAGAACUUCCAGGUAUUUUUCCUGGUUUUUUACAGUAGCUCCCAGUGUGCAGUUUCUGAAAAUGACCAGCGAGAAACCCAGCAAGUUGAAAUUGAAUGUGUUCUGAGAUGUCACUGAGAAAGUGUGAGGUGUUUUGUGGAUUAACUGCAUUCAGACACUCAGCUUCUGAAUUUCUUCAUUUUCCCCCCAUCCCUUGAAAAUACAAACAUGCAAUAGCAAAUAAGAAAAAAUACGUUGUAUUCUUUAAUGAAAGGGGGGGAAACAAAAAUCAUUUUCACUUACCAAUCUGUUCAGUCUGUGUCAUACUUUCACCAUAAACUAUUUCAGUCCCUGAAAACUGAAAAAUUGACAUAUCAGAGUAUUCUGGAUUUACUUCAUUUCUCUACUUCUUCAUCACUGAUUAUUUAUUUAUUUUUUUAAAUUAAAAGUUAAUGAUUGAAAACAAGAGUAUGGGCCUGAAGCUAAUCUCUCUUCCAUAGUUAGUUGAAUGACAGAAGAAUCUCUUCCAAGUCUGCAGGUGUUAUGCAGCCAAAACUGGUGGAGUGUUGAGGUUUGUAAAAAAGCUAUUUAGUCCAUUUUGAUCUCUGGAGCACAUCUUUGUGACGUUCUUGGCACUGGAUUUUCUAGAGUAUGAAUUUUUGAGAUGUGAAAUCCUCACACAGAGUUUCAAAAGAUCCUAUUUGUGAUCACAGUUCCCAUUGAAACACUAGUAUAAUUAGUUUGAUUUUUUGAAAGAGCACUAACAACCAAAAUCUUCAGAAAAUAUAAUGUUGGUAUCAUCAAGUAGCACCACUCAAAGAUCUUUCCAAUCUGGACCCAUUAUAAGGCUGCCCAGGGAGGUUGCGGAUACCCCAUCUUUGGAGGUGUUCAAGACCAGGUUGGAUGAGGCCCUGGGCAACCUGAUCUAGUAAUUGUGGAAGUUUGGUGGCCCUGCCCAGCAGGGGGGUUGGAACUUCAUGAUCCUUGAUGUCCCUUCCAACCCAGGUCAUUCUGUGAUUCUGUGAUAAGCACUGAGCAUCUGAACACUGAGCUCCUAAGUGCCAUUGUUGAGGCUGUCACCGUUCUUGCUUAAUUAAGCUGUGCUAAUUCUUCAACAUAUGAAUUUCAUGUAUGUGAACUGUAGGGGUACAGCAGUAAUUUAGACAGACUGCUGUUGGAGGUGAGGGGAAAAGAACUGAGGGUUUCAUCCAUUUUAGAGUAGCAGAAAUUACUAAAUAUAAGAUAGGCCUGUAGAGCAAUUUUAUUUUUUUUAAACUUAGGGAAGAAUUUCUUUAAAUAUUUUCAGUGUAACAGUCCUUUUGAUAAAGAUAUAAUCACUGUCUUUGGUCUAUUUGAAAGCUUUGUAGUACUAAAAUGUUCCAUGCAGGAAAUGUGCCUUCAAGGUAAGCAUAAAUUUACUCCCUGAAACUAUUCCCACUUUGAACUGCCUAUUUUUCAUUAUGACUUUGCUUCAUUUUGUGCUGUGGUACUUGAGGUAUUGCAGGGAAUUUUGCCUAGAAAAAUUAGCUGAAUCAGUCUUUGAUCACAGGGGGUAAAAAUGAAGAUCAUCUCCGGGCAGCUGAGCUAAUUUUAGUGAAAUCCUCUUGAAUUUAUUAACUAUAUGCAUAUUCCGUUAGCAAAGGAAAAUGGGUGAAUUCAGCUGAGAAAUGCUGUAACUAACCAAUGAUAUUUUUGUCCUUUAAUUUUAUUUAGACUCAAAUUUAGUCAUCCUCUGAAGGAGACAAAUUGUAGUUUCAUCAUUGCAACAGUAUCAUAAGAAACAUCACAGAAAUAAUUUACCUUUCCUGGUGGGUUGCUGGCUGACAUAUUUACUUGGCAAGACACCCAAGUCCUGUUAGUGUACCUGUCCAUGAUUCCUCUUUUUUCUCUUGGUCAUUCACCCUUCAGAACUGAGAGCAGUUUCUUGCAAAAGACCAGCAAGAAAAGGUAUACUAAGUUCAACCUGAGGUAAUUAUUCUGUCUGUUGCUUGUAUGAAACUUAGUAAUUUCCUUCUGUCCUUGAAUAAUCAAGGGCCUGAUAGGUCACUUCUGCUCAAAAGCUUGAAAAAUUCCUUUCUGUAAUUCUUGGCAACUUAUUUUUACAGCCGUACUCAUGUCCAGAACUGGUCAGUGUAGAAUGCAUAUUACUUAUUGAUGAAGUACUUGCCCUCUUCUGCCAUUGAAAUUAUUUCUACAUCAUGAGGUGUCUGAGACAGGACAUUGUCAUUGAUCCUAGCCUUUUUGUUUUGUUCAGCCAUCUACCCAUCCAUCCAACUAUCCGUCCUUCUUUCUCUCCCUCUCUCCCACUACUUGCAGUCCAUUCUUUGCACUAUUGACAUUGAUUGGUUUGAUAAUUAUUUUGUAACAUGUUCCCACCUUUUUGUUCUGUAAAAUGAGAAAGUCUAUACACUGGUUAAUGUUAUAGAAGUGGUGUUUUUGUUUUUGUUUUUUCCUUUUGAUUUUAUGGGUUGAAAUGGGAUGUAAUGUUUUGUUUAAACUAUGGGAAAACUUAAAUAAAUGUUAAGAUGAAACAGCAUAUCCACAUUUUCACUCUGAAUCUGAAAUUGUAUGUAGCAUGUGCUAUGUGUCCUGAUAACUUGAUACCAAUCUUCUUAAAUUUGGAGGAAGAAAAUAAAGUCUUUUGAAUAGAUUUGA